AAUUUCACCAACCCAGUGAUCCACGUUCACCCUUAUAUCGUGUGUUUAUCAGGCAUCUAUUUGCAUCCGUGACCCGGUUGCCUUGCACUGGUGCGGAAGCAAACGGCCAUCAAUGCAUCACCGGCCAGGGUCCAGCGAGUAGCCUCAGUGGUCACGAUCCAUAUUAUUAUGUGAACGUAUCACGUUAUGGGGCGUCGAAUGCAUAAAAUAAAAUAAACCUUUCGCUGGAGCGCCGUAGUUGCGUCUUCUUGUCGAUCUUUCUCCCUCUGUGCCAGACGACAUGUCCUCGUCACCCAGGAUCAGCGCAGACACAGCACCUGACAACGAAAAGGGCCCCGUCGGCGCCGGAUUUGAUGCUCAAGAGCGCGCACGGGUCCUGCGGAAGAUUGAUUGGCAUCUUCUGCCGUUUGUCUCGCUCCUCUACUUGCUCUCAUUUCUCGAUCGGUCAAAUGUCGGCAAUGCCAAGGUUGCUGGCAUGUCGACUGAUCUGGACCUGACUGGGUAUAGGUACAACAUAGCGGCUGCAGUCUUCUUUAUCCUUUAUAGCUUCGCAGAGGUGCCGUCAAACAUCGCCCUUAAGCUCUUCAGGCCUUCACGGUGGAUACCCUCGAUUAUGGUCGCAUGGGGCCUAGUUAUGACCCUGAUGUGUCUUGUGAAUACCUUCGAAGGCCUUGUUGUUGCUCGGAUAUUUCUCGGUCUGACAGAGGCUGGGUUGUUUCCUGGUGUCACAUAUUACAUAUCCCUUUGGUACCCAAAGGCUGAACGAUCAUUGCGCAUUGCAAUCUUCUUCUCUGCAGCGACGGUUGCAGGUGCCUUCGGCGGUAUUCUGGCUUACGCUAUUGAGAAGAUGGAAGGGAUCGGAGGUCUCCAUGGAUGGCAGUGGAUUUUCUGCUUGGAAGGCAUUGCGACGAUCAUAGCAGCCUUAACCUCAUUCUUCUUCUUGUAUGAUUACCCUGACACAGCGUCUUUUUUGACGGAUGCCGAGAGGCACUAUGUCAUUGAGAUGCUAAAGGAAGACUCGAACAACCUCUCUACCGAUUAUCAGUUCCGCUUCGUUCUCCAAGCCCUCAGGGACUACAAAUCUUAUGUUCAAGUCGGUAUAUAUAUUGGGUUACUCAUCCCGGUUUACGCUAUCGCUCUUUUUACACCCACAAUCAUUACUGAACUAGGUUUUUCUGCUGCGAAUGCACAGCUGCUUUCGGUCCCCCCAUUCGUUUGUGGCUGUAUAUUUACCAUUCUGGCUGGCGUUCUUUCAGACAAGCAUCAACUCCGUGGACCAUACGUGAUUGGCGGAGCGUUUGUCUCGUUGGUUGGUUAUAUCGUCCUUUAUACACAAAGCGGUUCCGCCGCAUCCUAUGCCGGCGCUGUUUUGGCUGCUGUAGGAGUGUUUCCGACCAUAGCAGUUGACCUCGCUUGGGCAUCAUCGAACGCUGGCGGCGACAUCAAACGCGGUGUUGUUGUUGCAAUGGUCAUUGGCCUUGGGAAUUUGGGAGGGAUAUGCUCCUCGUUCAUCUAUUUGGACCCCCCUCGUUUCCACGUUGGUCACGGCACAAUAAUAGGCUUCCUUAGUCUUUCGAUACUGCUAUCGUGUUUUGCGAUGUGGGACUAUCAACGGAUUAACAAGCAGAAGGAUGCGCUUUGCCGUGAACAGGGGAUUACGGAUGAUCGGGGGGAUGAAUUUGUGGACAUGGGUGAUGAAAGCCCUCUAUUUAGAUAUGCUAUUUGAACUCCCGGAAAUCGCGCGGCAUAUUCAGAGUACUUGUUAUCUACGCUCGACAUUCACAUUCCUAGACCAAUAAGUUAUCGUUUCCACCCCACG